GGCCUGGCGCUGUUAGCGCCCUGACAUUUGGGGAAAGCAGGUGAACCCAGCACCCGGCCCCACUCGGACAGCAGUAUCAAAGGGGAGGAUCCUGCCCUUUUAGAGGUUCUUUCUGGCUCCUGCUGCGGGAGUCCCCAGUCAUGGUCCCCAGAAGCCCCUCAGAGCCCACAGAUACUGGGCCCCAUCGCGGCCGCCGGAGCCCGCCCUCUGCAUCCUCCGGGCAGCGGGUGUGAAGCGGCCUCCUGCAGCGCCGGCCCCUCCCCCAUGGAGGAGGAGGAGGGGGCGGCGGUCAAGGAGUGGGGUACCCCCGCGGGGCCCGUCUGGACCGCAGUGUUCGACUACGAGGCGGCGGGUGAAGAGGAGUUGACCCUGCGGAGGGGCGACCGCGUCCAGGUGCUUUCCCAGGACUGUGCCGUGUCCGGCGACGAGGGCUGGUGGACCGGGCAGCUGCCCAGCGGCCGUGUGGGUGUUUUCCCCAGCAAUUACGUGGCCCCAGUGACCCCCGCCGCACCUGCGAGCCUCCAGCUGCCCCAGGAGAUCCCCUUCCACGAGCUGCAACUGGAGGAGAUCAUUGGGGUGGGGGGCUUUGGCAAGGUCUACCGUGCCCUGUGGCGUGGCGAGGAGGUGGCAGUGAAGGCUGCCCGGUUGGACCCUGAGAGAGACCCGGCAGUAACAGCAGAGCAGGUGCGCCAGGAGGCCCGGCUCUUCGGAGCUUUGCAGCACGCCAACAUCAUUGCCCUUCGGGGUGCCUGCCUCAGCCUCCCACACCUCUGCUUGGUCAUGGAAUAUGCCAGAGGUGGUGCACUGAGCAGGGUGCUGGCAGGACGCCGGGUGCCCCCUCAUGUGCUCGUCAACUGGGCUGUGCAGGUCGCACGGGGCAUGAACUACCUACACAAUGACGCCCCAGUGCCCAUCAUCCACCGGGACCUCAAGUCUAUCAACAUCCUUAUUUUGGAGGCCAUCGAGAACCACAACCUCGCAGAUACGGUGCUCAAGAUCACAGACUUCGGCCUCGCCCGUGAGUGGCACAAGACCACCAAAAUGAGUGCUGCGGGGACUUACGCCUGGAUGGCUCCGGAGGUUAUCCGCCUCUCCCUCUUCUCCAAAAGCAGUGAUGUCUGGAGCUUCGGAGUGCUGCUCUGGGAGCUGCUGACAGGGGAGGUCCCCUACCGAGAAAUCGAUGCCUUGGCCGUGGCAUAUGGCGUGGCUAUGAACAAGCUGACGCUGCCCAUCCCCUCCACGUGCCCCGAGCCCUUUGCCCGCCUGCUAGAGGAAUGCUGGGACCCAGACCCCCAUGGGCGGCCAGACUUUGGCAGCAUCUUGAAGCGACUCGAAGUCAUCGAACAGUCAGCCCUGUUCCAGAUGCCCCUGGAGUCCUUCCAUUCACUGCAGGAAGACUGGAAGCUGGAGAUUCAGCACAUGUUCAAUGACCUCCGGACCAAGGAGAAGGAGCUGCGGAGCCGGGAGGAGGAGCUGCUGCGGGCAGCACAGGAGCAGCGCUGCCAGGAGGAGCAGCUGCGGCGGCGUGAGCAGGAGCUGGCGGAGCGCGAGAUGGACAUUGUGGAGCGGGAGCUACACCUGCUCAUGUGCCAGCUGAGCCAGGAGAAGCCCCGGGUCCGCAAGCGCAAGGGCAACUUCAAGCGCAGCCGCCUGCUCAAGCUGCGGGAAGGCAGCAGCCACAUCAGCCUGCCCUCUGGCUUUGAGCACAAGAUCACAGUCCAGGCCUCUCCAACUCUGGAUAAGCGGAAAGGAUCAGAUGGGACCAGCCCCCCUUCCAGCCCCAGUGUCAUCCCCCGGCUAAGGGCCAUUCGCUUGACCCCAGUGGACAGUGGUGGUGGCGGCAGCAGUGGAAGCAGCUGUGGUGGCAGCGGAACCUGGGGCCGCAGUGGACCCCCAAAGAAGGAAGAACUGGUUGGAGGCAAGAAGAAGGGCCGAACGUGGGGACCCAGCUCUACGCUGCAGAAGGAGCGGCUCGGUGGAGAGGAAAGGCUGAAGGCCCUGGGGGAAGGCAGCAAGCAGUGGUCCUGCAGUGCCCCCAACUUGGGCAAGUCCCCCAAACACAUACCCAUUGCCCCAGGCUUCGCCAGUCUCAACGAGAUGGAGGAGUUCGCGGAGGCAGACAGUGGCAGCGUGCCUCCUUCUCCCUACGCCACCCCGUCCUACCUCUCGGUGCCGCCUCCUGAGCCCUCCCCUGGGACCACGCCACCCGCGCGCUCAGGCCAUGGUCCCCGGCGGCGCUGCGAGCUCGCCCUGCUGGGCUGCGCCUCGCUGCUGGGCGCUGUGGGCCUGGGUGCCGAUGUGGCGGACGCGCGGGCCGCAGAUGAGGAGCAGCGGCGCUGGCUCGAUGGUUUCUUCCCCCGAGCUGGCCGCUUCCCCCGCGGCCUCAGCUCCCCCGGACGCCGCCCUGGCCCCGCACCCGGCCUCGUGUCCUCGGCCACCCUUGUGUCCCUGUCCUCUGUGUCUGAUUGCAACUCCACGCGUUCGCUACUGCGCUCCGACAGCGACGAGGCCGCCCCGUUGGCACCCUCGCCGCCCCCCUCGCCCCCAGCGCCCACACCAUCACCCAGCACCAACCCCCUGGUGGACUUGGAGCUGGAGAGCUUCAAGAAGGACCCUCGCCAGUCCCUCACGCCUACCCACGUCACAGCAGCACACUCCGUGAGCCGGGGACAUCGGCGGACACCGUCGGACGGGGCGCUGGGGCAGCGGGGGGCACCCGAGGCCCUGGGUCAUGGCCCUGGCCCUCGAGACACCCUGGACUUCCCUCGCCUGCCUGACCCCCAGACCUUGUUCCCAACCCGACGCCGACCUCCAGACUUCCCUGGCCGCCCUACCACCCUCAUGUUUGCCCCACGCCCCCGGCCGGCAGCCAGCCGCCCCCGCCUGGACCCCUGGAAACUGGUCUCCUUUGGCCGGACACUCAGCAUCUCACCUCCCAGCAGGCCAGGCACCCCAGAGAGCCCCGGGCCCCCCAGCGUGCAGCCCACGCUGCUCGACAUGGAUAUGGAGGGGCAGAGCCAGGACUGCACCGUGCCGCUGUGUGGGGCUCACAGCGCCCGCUGACGCCUGCCCACCACCCCGCCUGGGCAGCCAUGAAUGUAGUGCCCCAGGCCCACCCAGCCCACUGUGCCACUAGGUGGGGGUGGCCCCAGGCAGGAUACACUAUUUAUUGGGGAAGGGAAGAAGGGGACCACUUAAUUUAUUCCUUUGUACCUGCAGCAAGGGGGGUGGAGUGGGCAGGGCUACUCAGGGACAGGGCAUCAUGGGAAUUUGGCACAAAAUGCAGCAUUAAAGGUGACCCCUGCCCCCUA